AUGCCUGCGACCAAAGCCAAAGAAGCCAGAAUGGCUUGCAGUCCCUCAGAGGAGGCAACCUUCAUGAAGCAGCAGGGACGUCUUCGAGAUUACUGCACCACCACACUCGCAGAUCACCUGAAAGCAAGCUCUGACAUUGUUUGGACAUCUAAAGAUGGUCAGGGAAAGCAGCCUGACACGAAGGAAGAAGAGGAUAGGCUCAAACUGGUCCUGGACGUUGAAUUCAACGAAGAAACGGGCCAGCCAACCUUACCUCCAUCAAACAACCGACUCUCAGAUGAGCUGGUUUAUCUGGUGACCAAGCUUGUGCCCCCCCGCGAACGAGGACGACAAUAUCCAUAUGACUUCGACAGCAUGGGCAAUAUCAACCCUCACCGCGUGUCUUCGGGACCCGCUCCAAUUAUCUGGGCUCAUGGUCUACCAUUCUUCCCUGUAUACAAAGGGUAUUACAUCCUCUGUGGACGCGAACACGUCGGGUGUAUUGGCUGGUUGCUCCGUGAGAAAACUAGAGAGAUCAUGCAAGCGAACCCGAUCUGGUCUAUCGGGGCGAUCAUUGCACCUGAUUCUGCUGUGAAUCUUCCUCAUACCAUCACUCGUCAGAUCACAUUGCACAAACCUCAGGGUAUCGAGAAAGAUGCGAGAUACAGGGGCAAGCCCGAGGUUCGCGAUGUUGUGGCGCAUGAGCACCAUCUGUGCGCGGUUGUUCCGAAUCCAGAUACCAAUGAGAUUGAGAUAUGCCAGCUGUGGAGAGCCUGGGGUUACAACGUUCGUUGCGGACCCAUGAAAGAUGGCGUGAAACCAACUGUCAUGCCAAAGGAGUUCUUCGCCAAGCAUGGUAUCAAAGAUAUCAACUAUGCCUCUCUCGAUAGAACAUACGCCAACCAGAUGCUGGAGGAGGAUGAAGAGUCAGAUGGUGACAUUGAGGUUGAAGAUCCCACCGGAACGAGCGAUGAAGGUGCUAGCAGUAGCAAUCAGCCCAUCACGACUCAGUCUAGGUCCAAAUUGAAUGUGGGUAUGGACAUUGACUGCCCAGCGAAGGUUCCAGCGCAGGCUCAGGAACAAGCUCUAGAGCAGUCCCCAAUGCAAAGCUCCGAGCAGGCUCUAGCGAAGGACACGGAAGAGGUCAUGGAAGAUAUCACGAAAGAUACCCCAAAGGAGAUCUCAAAAAAGGCCACGGAAACGGUCACGGAAAAUGUCACCAAAGGUCCCAUGGAACGGGCCACCGAAGAGACCGCCAAAAAGCUCGAAACCGCCGCCUCAAACCUGGAGAAGAAGCAACCUGUCGCCCCCAGCAGCAUUGGGAGAACCGUGCUCGAUUUGGGCAUGGAUAUUGGAGAUCCAACCAAGGGAUUCAUUGACAAGCCCAACCCCGCGCAGAUCAGAAUUCCUGCUAUCUCUUCUGCGGAUGCCACGAUUCAAGCACCUGCAAUUAUCCAACCAACCGAGAUGAAGCUGAUGACUAUGCAUCCUCAAAUCGAGCAGGCAGUGACUGAUGCAUCCGCCGAGAACACUCACAUCACUGACCCACUCAACAUGGCGCAAAUCGUAUCCGAACAGCCCAGUACGGAGCAGUUGGACUAUGCAGCAGCUUGUGGCUUGUCAGAGGAUCUGAAGCUUGCUGAAGAUCAUGCAUCUCAGUCGAUAGCUGAUGAAACCAAGAUCGACAAGAGGACUGUUGUCGAUAAAUGUCGGGCAGCAGAGGGAGUUCCUACGUGA